UCGAGCAAAGCCAAGCAUCAAAUGCUCACGCGCGAAUUCACGUGCAUCUCACCUUCAGUAUUUCCAAAUUGUAUUCGGAACCACAUAUUCGAAAAUGCCCCGCGUCGAAACAGCUACAGGGCGUGCUAAAGGCCGACGCCAUAGCCCAGUCACAACGGCCAAUUCAGCUGCAAGCAUCGCCCCGCACGGCCGUAACCGGCGAUCAAGGCGCAACGCAAGUCCGAGAAGCCCAAGGCGCACCGCACACCCAAGAACCCCAAGACCCCGCUCAAGUACCAGAAUUACAAGGCCCACAACAAACCCAAGAAGCCCAAGACUCCGCCCAAGUUCCAAAAGUCCAAGACGCAACCCGAAGCCACUUCCUUCCAGAAGACCUCCAAGUCGGCAGCCCUCACCCAGAAGAUCCAAUAUUCCUGCCAGAACAGUACCGGAGAGGAUACCCGAACAGGUCUUCUACAACAGCAGAACCAUCUACGUACCCUCCACGGUCUUUGAUAGGUUCCCGCAUGCAGGUACGGCACAGCGACGGAAUUCUGGGAACGACACGCGGCAAGACAACCCACUGUUCGGUGACAACAGACACGGCCUGUCAAGAAAGUCGAGCGCUCUUAUUCUUGCAGCUGCUCUGUUGCUAUUGCUAGGGGUCGCUUCCGUCACCGUUGUACGUAGAGCUGGAGGAAAAAGUUAUUCCGCGGCGUCGUCUCAGGUGCACACUAUGCUAUCCGAUAAAGCAAUCACCGAAGAAGGCAACAGACAGAGAGAAUUUAGAAAAUAUAGGCAUGCACUGUCGAAAGUUCCCAAGCUUGUUGAUCACAAUCCGUAUGCGGAAGCACCUAAGCCUGGAUCGCUCAGCAAAAUCGAAAAGCCGGUUCAAGCUGCCGUCGCGACGUUUGUCCGGAAUACGAACAGGCCGCGAAAGCCGCUAAGUAUUUACGAAUGCACGACGGACAGUUGUGUCAAGGAGGGCGAACGACUGGCCAGCUUGGUCGACCCGCUUUUGAACCCAUGCGAAGACUUUUACGAGUACAUCUGUGCAAACUGGGCUGAAGAGCAUCCGAUACCCAAAGGCGGAGAAUACGUCUCAUACCGCACACGUCUUGUGGAAUACAUAGAGAACCGACUGGACAAAGCCGUAAGGACUGUACUCAAUAAGAUCUUGUCCACUCCCAUGGCAUUUAACGUCCUUUCCAGCGAAGUGAAGGCAGUCUUAUUGAGGAACGCCUGCAUGGAGGUCGACAGACUUAACGAUAGGGGGCUUCAACCCCUUAAGGAAGUGCUGGAAUUACUUCACCUCCCCGAAUGGCCGGCAGCGAACGUCGAUAUCAAUGCGUCACAGAUCGAGAACGUCGCUGGAGCCUUGGGGUACCGUCUUGGGCUCUUUCCGCUUGUUUCUGUCUCGCUUGAGAGAGACCCCGCAAAGCCCAGCAAGUUCAUCAUUGCCCUUGACGACCCCUCGCGAGAAGUCAUUAGAAGAAAUGAGUUCUUCAGUACCGAACACGAGCUUCUGAGGUACGAAAAUUUAGUUCGAAAAGCCUUCGACAAGUUGGAAAACACCGCGUUAUCAGACAUGCUUGGUUCCGCAGCUCUGGGAUUAGAAGACGAAAUCUCUCAGGCUCUCCUUCCUUUAGUAACACCCGAGGAAAAACUCCGUCACUACAUGAAGCUACCUGUGUCUGACCUGCCGCGCUGUAGUAAGUUCCGAUGGCUCGUAUUCCUGAACAGCACGUUCCAAAAGGUACGUCCUGUGCACCGGGAGGAAGUAGUUUUGGUGAAAAACAUGCCGUACCUCAAGAAGCUAGCGGCCAUUCUCAACGGCCGGCAGCGACGCACUAUUAUUAAUUAUCUCGGUUUUAAAGCUAUGCUGAUGUUUUCUUUGCUGUUACCGCCUUCCACGGAAGGGGACGUCGCUAAGUUGUACGGCCGUAUACUUACGGGACUCUCGCACGAACUCCCCCGAUGGCGUGUGUGUCUUCGGAUGGCAGAAGACACCAUGCCUUUCGCUUUUCUGGUCAUGUACCACGACGUAUUCUCGAAGGAACACAACGUUUUACAGCUGCGUUCCAUCCUCGAUAGCAUCAAAGACCUGCUUGGUAGUAGCAUCGAGGACAUUGAAUGGAUGAGCAGUCGGGAUGCCGCCAGGGCUCUCGAUAGGUUGAGACGUCUCCAAUUUGCCUUCUUCCUGCCCAAUUGGAUUAGCAACGAAGAGAACAGAAACGUUUUCUACGAGUCCGUCCAAGACGUACCCGUUGGCAACCUGCUGCGAAGCUUCAUGAACGCGAGGAGUGCUCACGUUGCACACCACUUCCAGCGGCUGCUCUACAACCCGAACCAGCUGGGGUGGUUGGGAUCUGUGUUCGACGUGUCGCCGAUAUAUGAUGCGUUCAACAACACCAUGUACGUUCCGAUGGGCGUCUUUGCCGAGCCGAUGGGCUUUGACAGCGUCGAGACACCGCUGCAUAUUCCAAGGGUGCUGAGGGACGUGGCCCGUGAACUUCUCAGCGUCGUCACAGAUUACGGAUCUUCGUUCGACAACCACAACGCUAUCCGUGACUGGUGGUCGGCAGCGACGAGAACCACCUACAAGAACCACAGUGACUGUCUAGCAGAGCAAUACAAUUUGACCAUCGGAGCCGACCAUUCUGGCAGGGGGUACAGCCGACUCGUAGCAGAGGCCAACGUGAAGGACAACGCCGUCAUGCCAUUCCUCUUGCACAUGUUCCAGCGCGUACUCAAAGAAGGAGGGGUCAAAGGAAAUUUCAUUCUAGGAAACUUGCCCAAUGCCACAACAUACCAGCUUUUCUUUGAUAGUUACGGAUUGAGUUUUUGUGAGAAUACAAACGAAGCGUACAUCCGGAAGCAUCUGCUGACUUCUGGCGAAGCUUUGGCCAAGCAUCGGGUCAAUGUUCCGAUGUGGAACAGCGAUGAAUUUGGCGGCGCAUUCCACUGCCUCAAAGGAAGUGUGAUGAACCCGACGAGAAAGUGCAAGUUCUGGAGGUUUCAGUGAUUUGUAGUGUUCACAUUUGCUGUGCAGUCUGAUGUGCCGUUCAUAAACAAAUGAUUGGAUUCUUGCGAAUGAAAUAAUGCGUUUGAGAAUAUAAACACGAUUGGUUACUCUUA